CUGAUUUCUAACAAGUCAGUUUUUCGGGAUGAAUAUCUCAGAGAGCCUUCUGCUGCUCGCGGUAAUUGUCCAGAGCCUUUCUUUCUCCACAUGCAAAGCACUAGAUUUCUCGAACGGAUUCAACAGCAAAUUGGAUUGGAACCCACCGGAGCUCCUUUUGGAACCCACCUUCGUGAACGACAAGAAGGCCAUCUUAUUUAUAUUUUCACAACCAUGGUGCGGAGCUUGCACGAGGCUGAAGGCCAACUUUAUGGAAGACGGAGAGAAGCUCCUUGACAUCUCCAAGGACUUCCUGCUGAUCAAUGUCGGCGGUGAUGACAACAACAAGUUUGGGGCGGAGUUUGCACCAGAUGGGGGCUACAUUCCACGCAUUGUGUUCGCCGAGCCAAACGGCACAUUGCGCACAGACAUCAAGAAUCCAGCCAGUCCAGACCAGUACGCUUACUUCUACCAGAGUGUGGACCAAGUCAAGGCCGGCAUGGAGAAUGCCCUCAAGGUGCUGGCGGAGAAGAAGGUGCCAGAAGCUAAGCCGGAGGAGCUCAGCAUUAGCAAAGAAGCAGAGAAGGCUACAGACAAGACCAGCGAACUGUGAUGUGGGUCCAAUGAGGAGAGGUACAAAAGCACCAUACACAGAUAUUACUGAGACAGGGCGAUCGAGUAAGACAUUGACUCUUGGGAAGGUGCCUCCAAUGUUAGUUUCACACCCAACCAGAGAGGUGAGAAGUGUCAUCGUGGGAAUUCAUGUGGAAGAUCACUUGGGCAAAUGAGAUCUUGCAGGAAGUUGUUGGAGAGUUGUGAAUCCUCAAGAUG